AUGCAGGUCGAUAUCACGAGAGUGAUGGGAAUGGUUCAAAAGGCCGUCCGGAAGCUGAAGGCGCGCUACAUCGAGCACAGAGUCAACUUUGCCGAGGACAGCGAGCACCUUAGCACCUUUCUGGAGCAGCACACACGCCCUUUUAAGUGCGUCAAUAAGGUGGAAGGGAUUGACGGGGAAGGCAACGCCGUGUCACACCAAUUCAAGCUUCACGAGGAAGAGCUGGACGGCCAAGAUUCAGGAGGUGACCUUGAAUCUUGCGUGAGCCUUGCAAAGCUGUUUGCGGAGGAUGUCAUUGGCCGACUGCUUUUCAGGUUUUGCAGCCUUGCGACCCUUGAUGGGGCCAAGCUGUUCCUGCCCGACGCGUACCCAGAUGGCGUGGCCAAGCGAGAGCGCGUAUGUGCGGCCUGGUUCGCCAGCUUGCGCAAGCUCUUCAGCGCGGACACAUGCAACAUGCCAGAAGCACCCAAGGCAGUGGCAGAAGACGAGCCUGUGGAUGACGAAGCGAGGCAGAGGAAGAAGGGAAAGGCUCACGUGGUGGACAGUGAGAGUGAUGACGAGCAUGGUGUAGAUGUUCGUGGGACUCUGGCGCUUGAUAGUGACUUCGACACAGAGUAG